AUGGCAAUGACAUCAAUGUUAGAAGGCAGUAUUUUUUGGGUCUUGCGACGGAGGCUAUCCCUUUUCCAAAUCAUUCUUUUAGGUAGUAUUAUAGCUUGGACUGGCCUAAUUGCCGCGGCGUUUUCUCCAAACAUGGCAUGGUUAACCGUCUCCUAUGGCGGUUUUUACGGUGCUGGGUUGGGAAUAAACACACUGUCUACGAGUAUGUUGAUUACCAUAUACUUUGAUAAGUACAGGGGUAUAGCCAGUGGAAUAAGAUCUGUCGGUCUUUCGCUUUCAAGCCUAAUAUUCCCGCCGAUUCUUCCUUACGCGCAGAAAGAGUAUGGCCUCCGGGGUACUCUGUUUCUAUGCGGUGCUAUGACGAUGAACACUACAGCUUUUACUUUUGCUUUAAAGGAGCCUCGUCAAAAAAGAUGUCUUGUGCUUGCGCCUAUCAGCGAUAGCCUUCAAAGAGCUUCAUCACAAAGAAAGGAAAAUCAGCGAGCGUCUUUUGGGUUGCUGCGUAAACCAACCUUUUACGCGAUAAUUAUGGCUUUCGUAUUUUUCGAUUACCUCUGCGUUUCGUUUCAAACAUCGCUCGUCGAUUAUGCAUUAGACAAGGGGAUUUCUCUUUCAAAGGCAGAAACUAAUUGUUUACAUGACCAUCCCGCAGUUGCUAGGACGUUUGGCAAUUCCGCUAAUCGCUGA